AUGACAUCUUCUAAAGCUGGCAUUGGCGGCACUUUCCAGCCAAUACAGGAGAAACAAGCACAGAAUCAGCCAGGGCUGGAGAAAGACCUAGCCCCUCCAAGUGAAUCGACCAAGCUUGAGGGAGCCCACGGAUUUGUUGAGUAUGUUGGCAGUGGUAAACUAGAGGAUAAAAAGGCCAUCGUUACAGGGGGCGAUUCUGGCAUCGGAAGGUCUGUGGCCAUCCUUAUGGCCCGCGAAGGAGCGGAUGUCACCAUAAUUUACCUGCGUGAAGAGCAGGAAGACGCUGAGGUAACAGCCGAAGCGAUUAGAAAAGAAGGAAGAGAGUGUCUUCUAUAUCCUGGAAACCUCACAGACGAGCCAACCUGUAGAUACGCGGUAGCCGAGCACGUCAAGAAAUUUGGCCGCGUCGAUAUCUUGGUCAACAACGCAUCGAGACAGUUUCUAUGCAAGGAAUUUACAACAAUCAACCUCAAUGCUGUGAAGGAUACCUUUGAGUCCAACAUUCUGCAAAUGAUUACUCUGUGCAAAUAUGCCGUGCCGCAUAUGGAAAAGGGAAGCUCGUAA